AUGGUGGACAAACAAGAAACACAUCUGAAACACAGUAAGAACAACUACGCCGCUCUAUCAACCUCGGCAGAUCACCACCGUUACGAGACGACGUACGAUGAAUCGAAGGAGCAAGAUCGUCUUCUGCCGAUAGCAAAUGUGGGGAGAAUAAUGAAGCAGAUUCUCCCACCAAGCGCCAAAAUCUCGAAAGAAGCCAAAGAAACCAUGCAGGAAUGCGCCUCCGAGUUCAUCGGCUUCGUCACCGGUGAAGCUUCCCACAAGUGCCACAAGGAGAAGAGGAAGACCGUCAACGGCGACGACGUUUGCUGGGCUUUGUCCAAUUUGGGAUUCGACGACUAUUCCGAUUCUUUGAAGAGGUAUUUGAUUAGGUAUAGGGAUGCCGAAGGCGAGAGGGCUAAUCAGAACAAAGCUGCUGGCGGCGGCGGCGGCAGCGGCGGCGGUGGUGAUAGGGAUGAUGAAGUUGAUGCUCCACCACUACCUUUCAGUUUCAAUCUCAUGGAUAAGAGAAGAAAUUAGGGCUUUGUAGAAGAUUAAUGUUUUGUAGGUAAAU